ACCUUAGUGGAAAGUCGUGACUGUGCGUCCAGUGGGUGAACCCAAGUUGAUGAGCUCCACUGGGGACAGACUCAGAGAUCGGAGGGGAGGGUGGCGGGAUAAAGUGUCCUGGGCACUGCCCUGCUGGGACCCAGAGGCCUGGAAGGAACGUAUAUAAGGAGCAGGUUGACAGAUCAUCAGUGCAAGCGCGGACGAGGAGCGAAAGACUUUUGGAAUGAGAUCGAAAGUUGUGCCUGCAGCUGUUACUAUAGUAACCGGGAACCGGAUGUGGCGCUUUCGGGAUGCGACAGUCUUCUCUUUGGCCUUCUGGCCCGGGAGCAGGUGAACACCGCGAGGAACUGGUUGUGCGUAUGGGGGUGGGGGGGGUGUAGGUCCGGUGAGAGAAAAAAGUGGAAUUUAUUUUAAGCCUUUAUAGAGGCGCAGCAAAGGGAAAGUUUGCAGCUGCUAAAACGCCUUGCAGAGGAGACUUAUGUCAAAAUGCCGCACAAAGGGUCCCCUCAACCUGCCGGAAAUGAAAUGGCGGGAGCUUCAAUCUUAACUGUCUGUCGCCCCCCGGAAGCGGAAACAGAAUACCAGCGUGCCCCUUCCUCACUGCCCUCCAAAUCCCGCUGCAGCCAUUGCCGCAACCACGAUGCCGAAACGAAAGAAGCAGAAUCAGCAGCAGCCGCCGCAGCAGCAGCUCGGAUUGACCGAGCGGGAAGAGACUGGAGACGAGGAGGAUGGGGGUCCCAUUGGACCACCCAGCCUUUUGGGCCCUCCCCCCAUGACCAAUGGGAAGCCUGGUGAUCCCAAGUCAGUUUUUCACAGAGGUCCUCCAGAAUCAAGGGGACCAAUGAUUCCACCGCUGCUGAGUCUCCCACCUCCUCCUCGGGGUAGAGGCUCAUUUCGGGGAGGCCUAGGUCCCAGGGCUGGCCCAUAUGGUCGUGGUUGGUGGGGAGUCAAUGCUGAACCUCCUUUUCCUGGACCAGGCCAUGGGGGUCCCUCCAGGGGAGGCUUUCACAAAGAGCAGAGAAAUCCUCGAAGGCUCAAAAGCUGGUCUGUUAUCAAGAAUACUUGCCCACCCAAGGAUGGACCCCAGCUUGUGGAAGACAAAUCUGGCCGCCCUGUCUGCCGACACUUUGCCACAAAGGGCCAUUGUCGAUAUGAAGACCUCUGUGCCUUCUACCACCCGGGCGUCAAUGGACCUCCUCUGUGAGACUGUGCCUUCCCAUCCAUGCUGGAAGGAAGCCUCUGGGCCCUGGUGGCCAUAUAUUUCCCUGUAGUCCUAUGAUGGCUACUGUGAGGCUAUUUCACCCACCACCCUCAGUCAGUGAUGCCCACCCCCGUCCACUACCACCUCCCUCGUUUGGGAUUCAGAGUUGUGUUUUAUCACUGGUGCACAGUGUGUGCUCUUCUGAUCCAGCCUCCAGAGACUCACCAUCAGGAUCCCCAUCUUUGCUCCCUCCAACUGCCUUCUGGAUCCCUCACCAAAAGACUGCUGAACAGGAAACCUCUGGUUUGAUGUUUAUGGAGUGUUAAUGACAAAGCAGUCUUUCAACAAAUGUUUAUAGAGUGCCUAAGGGCCAGGCAGUACACUAGGCACUCAUGAUAAUCAAGAGCCAAAACCAACAAACUUGAAAUCUGCAGGGGAAAGAUAAGAUUGGUCAUCAGACAAUCGCAAAUACUUACAAAGUUAUCUUGUCAAACCUGCCAUGAAGAAACAAGACAUGAUGGAAGGUGAGUGUAUAAUAAAGGGAGUUUGGGAAGGUGACAACUGAGCCAAAGCUCUGAGGGACAGGCAGGAGGAGAGGUGGGAGAGCAUAGCCUGGGUAAAGGUACUUGCUAGGAGAAUGGAAGAGUGGGAGGUGAGGCAGAGGCACUGAACUAGAAGUGAAUUGGAGCUUGUCCACUUAUCCAGUGUUUCAGGCAGUUACCAUGUAUUCACUUUGUUUUUUUUUUUUCUAAAAGAUCAACUUUUGGGAAGCACAAGCUAGAAGGUUACUUCAGUCCAGGUAAGUCAUGAUGAUGGCAUAGACUCUGGUAGUGGAGUGAGAGCAAGUAAAUAUUUGGAAAUAGAUUGUAAAUUGUAAGUCUUCUAGGUUUCUUAGAGUAGACCUGACUUGCAUAGAUAAAUGUCUUUUUUUUUUUUUUUUUUUAAGAUAUUGGAAGAAAACAAGCAGAAUGUCACAAGUUUACUUUAGGAUGGUUAAGUCUGAGCCACCCUUUAUAAAACAUCCAGUGAGGGUGUAAAUUGGAAACUCGGGGCCAGGUGGUAGUGUACCUGGUUAAGCAUAUACAUUAUAGGUACAAGGACCCGGGUUCAAACCCCUGCUCCCCACCUGCAGAGGAAAAGGUUCGAGUAGUGAAGCAGGGCUGCAGGUGUCUCUGUCUCUUUCCUUCUCUGUCUCCCCAACCCCUCUCAAUUUCUUUCUUUUUCUUUUUAUUUUUUUAAAGCUUUUAUUUAUUUAUUUUGUUGCCCUUGUUUUUUGUUGUUGUUGUAGUUAUUGAUGUCGUUGUUGGACAGAGAGAAAAUGAAGAGAGGAGGGGAAGACAGAGAGGGGGAGAGAAAGAUAGACACCUGAAGACCCGUUUCAGUGCCUGUGAAGCGACUCCCCUGCAGGUGGGGAGCCGGGGGCUCGAACUGGGAUCCUUCUGCUGGUCCUUGCGCUUAAUCCGCUGUGCUACCGCCCGACUCCCCCUUCUCAAUUUCUUUCUGUCUCUGUCCAAUAAUAAAUAGAAGAAAAAAAAGAUUUAAUAAAUGGGAAACUCGUUUUUUGUCUUAUGUAUGGAAAACCCAAUUCCUUUUUUAAAUUUUAUUUGAUAAGAUAGAGAGAAACUGAGAGGGAAAAGGAGAUAAAGGAGAGAGAAGAGCUAGAGAGACAACAUAAUAUGUUAUUCAGAAAGACGUUCAUGCCUGAGGCACCAGAGGUCCCUAGCUCCACCGUAUGCUAAAGCUAAGCAGCGCUCUGAUGUUUAAAAAAGAGAGAGGAGAGAAACCUGUCGUACAACUUCACUGCUCACGAAACUUACCCCUGCAGGUGGGGACUGGUGGCUUGAAUCCAGGUCCUCGCACACUAUAAUAAUGUAUGUACUCAAUCAGGUGUGCCACAGCCCAGCCCCUUAAAACCCAGUCCUUGACUGCUGUAAAUGUCUUCCCUGUGAGUCUUCUGACUUCUCACACAGCAUACUUACUUAGUGUCACCAAAUAUGUGGAGGUUUUCCUUACACCUAGCAAUUCUCUGUAUCACCAAUUCGAUGUCUUCUGAUUUAGCUGCAUUUUGAAACUAUCUUCCAAGAUAGCAUCAGAUCUCCUAAGAAUCCAGCACACGCACACUCACGUGUGCGCACACAC